AUGAUUUAAAAUUACGGACAAAUAACUUUAAUUAAAAUUGAAAAUCCAAUAGUGUUAAAUGAACAAUAGAAAUAAGUUUCUUCAAAACCUAGUAAAUUAAACUAAGUGAUACUUUUUGGUGUAUCAAGCUUUAUUAUAUUAUUGUCAGGUAACCCUACAGAUUGCAUUGAGGUUUUAGAUGCUUUGUAAUAUUAAUCCUACAUAAGAUUUAUUAAUGUUGCUUUUCCAGAAAACGUUACAAUUUAUAUUGAAUCUGCUGAAAUAAUUUCAAUUCAACCUUUUUAAAUACAUUUAUUUUAGUUAUAAUAGAUGAUUUAUUUCGCAAACAUUAUUAUAUAGUCACAGAGCGUAAUAUUUAAUUUGAAGAACUAUUUUAAGAUUCAUCAUUUUGACUUACGAGUUGAGGUUUUUUCCAUUAAAUGA